UCUUCACUCCAAAACUCUAAGCUCACAACAUCACAAAAGAAAAGAAAAAAACUUCAUACCAAUUUCUUCGAGGAAAUGGAAGCACAGAGAGCCGGAGCCGAGAUCGUAUAUGGGUCCGAAGAGUGCUACAGUCACUCAAUCGAGCUCCUCAAGGAGCUUGGUUUCCCUAGAGGCGUUCUUCCACUUAAAGACCUCCAAGAAUGUGGUCGGGUUCGAGAGACUGGGUUUGUUUGGAUGAAGCUAAAGGCUCCGUACGAACACUUCUUUGAGCAGACUAAUACACGUGUCAGUUAUGAUACAGAGGUGACUGCGUACGUUGAAAAAUGUAAGAUGAAGAAAAUGACUGGGAUCAAAAGUAAACAACUCUUAAUGUGGGUGCCUAUUGUUGAGAUGAGUAUGGAAGAUGCUAAUAGUCACAAAAUAUAUUUCAAGAUUCCGGUUGGGAUUGGAAAAUCCUUUCCUAUUACAGCGUUUAUGACCGAAGAGGAGAAAAAAAAGUACAUCGAGGAAGGGAUAUGAUAUAUCUUCUUUACGAUACAUUUUGUGUUGUUAUAUUUCUUAUUGGUUGUGAAAGAAUAUAAAUUAUAUUUA